AAGAAGACGCAAAUCAAGAAAAAGGACUUUUUGAGGACAAAGUGAGUAAUUAAUUGUAUUUCUUUAGCUUAUAGCAGCUAGAAGUCUGUCUGCAGUUCUUCUUUGUUGCUUACAUUAAGUUAAAGCAGGAAAACAAACAUGACGUCGACACAAGAAGAACAAGCGAACAUCGGUAAAGUUCUGAGCUUCCUUCGAGAGUGGGACCGCGGCGACAGGACGGUCCGGAGCCGCAUGUUGAACACCUUUCUGAGCCGAAACACCGGGAAGACGUUUUACGAGCUGGAGCUGGAGUUUGCUCAGGUGGCCAGUCUGUUCCUGGCUCGACUCAGCACCUGGAUGAGACUCACAUACAUGUUUGGGACAUUUUUGGGACUCCAGCUGAAAGCAAUUGGGAUUUUCUUAUCUGCUUCUAGCUACGAUCAAUACCUGAUGGAGUUCACGCAGGACGGAGGCGUUCUGACUCUUUUAGACAUUGUGAGCCACUCUCAGAGCAAAGAGGAAGACAAGGCUGAAGCCCUUCGUCUUCUGAUCACCGUCUCCAGCGCCGGUCGCAGAUACAAGGAGAUUAUCUGUGAGAGCCACGGUGUCAAAGUCACAGCAGAGUGUUUCGCCACAUCGAACACAGAUGAAUGCCAGGAGACAGCGUUGGCCCUCUUGGACUCCUUGUCUCAUGGAAACCCCAAAUAUCAAGACCAAAUCUACAAGAGUCUGAUCGCCCUCUUGGCUUGUGGCUCACCGAAGGCCCAGCAGCUGGUCCUGCACACCUUACACACUCUGCAGUUGAAACUGAAAUCUGCUCAUCACAGCAUUGUCGAGCCUCUGCUUACUAUGCUCAGAUCUCUGCAUCUGGAAGUCCAGGAUGAAGCUAUUAAUCUCAUCUUGGACCUCAAGCGUUACGAUGUGAAGGCUGUGCUGCUCCCAGAACUUGUGGCUCUGCUGAGGCCUAUUAAAGAAGAAGUAGAGAACCAGAUUACAGAAGAGGCUGAGAUGAUAAAGAUGUCCGGAUCUCUGUCUGUGUUUGUGCAACAAGCUGCUGCAGCUAAAACGAUACGGUUGCUGUCAGAAGAAGAUCGAGAGCUUUCUCGUGAGCUUCUCUCUCUUGGAGUGAUCCAACAUCUUCUGCAUGCGAUGGGCAACAGAGAACACGCUGAUGCCCAGAUACAAGCCAGCCGAGCCCUGAAGCACUUUGUCCGCUCCUUCCCAGUCAUUGAGGAACAUGUGCAGAGAGUCCUGGGCAGCUCGCUGUUUGCAGCUUUCAUGGACAAAGCUGACACUUUGUACAUGAAUAUGGAUGAAGCACAAGCAGAAGUCCUGCUAUCAAACCAGGUCAACAUAUCACACGUGAUGGAUGAUACUGACUCUUGACCAGAAGAGCAAAAUCAUGUCACUGAUGCAGAAGAAUAACUUUUUUUUUUCUUUUA